AUGACCGGCGGCGGCGCGGCGAUUUUCCGAACGGGCGCAGGUUUGGGUCGCGGCGACGGGGUUGCGCGGCGAGGGGAGUCGGAGGAGACCACGACCUUGGGUCGCGACGCGUUCGCGGCCUUGAGUUGUUUCGGCACCGUGGACGGUUCCACAGCGCGGGCGCGUUUCUUUCCGCGCGCGACGGUCGUGAACCCAUCGGAGGUUCCGGGUUCUGGGCUCGCGGCGGACUCGAACUCCAUUUCCGACUCGGUGUCGGAGCCGGAGCCGGCGGCCCCGGAGGACGCGAUAGAUACAGCGGGCGCGGGGGUGGGGGGUGGAAAGCGAUUGGCGUUUUCGAAUGCACAACAACGAACUCGAACUGCUUUUACGAUUCAAGGUCGCGACGCCUGCGACAGUGCGUCAGGAAUGCACAACAAUGUUGCGAUCGACGCGACAACGACAAUGUCGUACAACCCAAAACACAAGAUCGCGACGGCAGCGACAAUUUCUCGCAAAAACGCGUCCGGACUCAAUGGCGUUGCAAUCGGAACUGGAGAAUCUUCUGAUUGA